GCGUGAUCUUGUGACUUUCGUUCAUGUACUUGAAUCAUGUAAAUCGGGUGCAAUUGUCCAGUAAAUCGCAAAGAGCAAAACAAAGAAUAAAAGGAAAAUUGUACCAAAACAAUAAACAAAAAAAUAGGACUCUGAUCUCUCGAAUGAGAUUCAACUUCGUACGAUAACAACUUGGCGAUCCAGCGAAUAGAUAUUUUGAAAACUUUCCAUGUUGAUACUGAUGCAAAUGAUACAGUAAAUAUUUGCUCACCUUGCAUGGUAAAGUUGGAUGCAAGUUCGUAGCCAUAGUGUGGAGAACCAAAGAGUGCCUUCAUUUUGGAAAUAGACUACAAAAAACGUCUCAUUGCAAAUCGUCCGAAUCGUCGUUCCGAAGAUGUUACUAAAGAUUAGACAUGCGCUGCUAGAGAUCAGUAAUCACCCAGUGACUAAACAGUCGGCUAUUAUUAUAAACAAUGAAAUUAUUAUUACUUCUGGCUGUAUACUCCAGCCAUAUGUACUUCCAAAAACGCCAUUCGUGGCAGACCCCAAUAUAGAGGAUGUGUGCCCCAGCACGAAAAUCCUACAUAAAUUACAUCAAUGUCAGCUAAUUAAUGUGCAAGAGGGUAAUAGUGAUGAAGCGAAGCAUUUGAAUGCGCUGAACUACCAGGUGACAUUCGAUCGACGCAAAUUACCACCGCCUAAUGAACGUCGGAGGCAGCCGCAUAUACUAACGCGUUACUGUGCCAAAUUGCUGUUUCUCUUCAGUUCAGCGGAUAUUUCGCGACAUGUAUUACGUUUUCUGGGUAAGGACAAUACAGCGGCCGAAUCUAAACCUAACAACGAAGUGCUGCUUUCCAGUUUUCUGGUGUUAACCAUGCGUUGCGAUGGCGGAAAAGAGAAUUUUGAUCGAUUCUUACGGCAUAUUGAACAUUACUUACGCUAUCUGCAACCAAUUCAUACUUUGGACGAUGUACUGGUUAUGUGCACGCCAUUCGGCUUGGAAAACUUCUUUAAGACAAUAAGCAUCGGCAAAGUAUCGAAUGUGAUGGGCCGCGAUGGUUGUCUAUUUGUGCUGUCAAAUGCGUUGGCGCUAGGUUGUGAAGGUGCAGCUGUGUUCAAUAAUAAGCUGCGCUUGAUUGGCAUGAUAAUGUGCACUUCCUUUCAGCGGCAACAGGAGAAUGUCAACUUGACUUUAGCGGCGAAUUUCGCUUUUAUGCUACGCGAUUUUAUGCGUCAAUUAGGCUUAAAUAUAACUUCUAUUCGGGUGCCGAGAGAUUCAUCAAAUUUUCCAUGGGAGCGCGCUAUGGUUGUAAUUGAGGCAGCUGGCAGUCAAGGCACUGGUACAUUUGUAAAGGUGCUGAAUAAGAAAUUUAUACUCACAUGCACACAUGUCGUCUUCAAGCUAAAUUCCAAGGCAUUUUGUCGCAGCGUAGAUGGAGAAUUCGAGUCGGAAGUGCUUUGGCGUAAUCCACAAUGCGACCAACCUUUUGAUGUUGCCUUACUGGCUGCACCAGAUAACAUUCCAGAACGCUAUUGUGUACGUUUGUCCAAUGCCAAACCGUCGCUCGGCCAAACGGUCUAUAAUGCAGGCUUUCCCUACUUCGUUAACUUCAAUUUGAAAUACGAUUUCAAUCCAGCCAUAUUUCAAGGACGCAUUAUUAAAUGUUCACCUGGCGCGAUUAUGUCUGACGGUUGUGUACAGGCUGGACAGAGUGGAGGUCCAAUGUUUGAUGAUCAGGGUUGUAUUUUGGGCAUCUGUGUGUCAAAUAUAAAAGUUGGAAAUGUGGUGUACCCGAAUUUAAAUACUGCAGUGCCUAUUUACCAAAUACGAACAUGGUUGGAGCAAUAUGCGCGGACGAAUGACAUAAAAGUAUUAAGUAACUUGGUGGCUAAUAAGGAAAUGCAGCGUAUAUGGGCUUUAGAAGCGCCGCCGAUUUUAAGUAAAUUAUAGUAGGUAAACAUGAAAUGGUGGUCUUCUUGAAACUAAUGGUGUUACAUCAAGCGUCCACUUCCUAACAUACAUACAUACAUAUUACGGCAACCCUUAAAAUAUAAACAUUAUGUAGUACCCUUCAUUUUGUCUAUAUGAAUAAGUUUCAAUAAUAGAAAUUUUAAAUUUAUAAGAUUUCUUCAAGGAAAAAUUUUGUAGAAUUUUUGCGAUAUUUUUUUUUCUUUUUUUGGUUUUAAUUUUAUACGCAGAACAAAAGGGUACUCCACAUAAAAUUUAUAUGUUAUUUUAAGCACAAUCGUAACACUAUGUUUGUGUGUAUAAAUCAAUAAUUAUUAAUUUGAUUUCCAAUCAUACUCAAAUGUAUAGAAAUGUUUUACAAAUUUGUAAACCCAAGUGAUUUAAAUAUAAAUAUUAGAUAUAUUCACGACCCGGUGCAUACUGUCUAGCAUGGUGCAUACAUAGCAUAAAUAAAUAGCAUGAUUGUUGUUUUUCAUGUGUUUGGAUAACAACAAAAUAUGCCAAUCAUGCUAUUUAAGUUAUCUAUGCACCAUGCUAGACAUUGUGCACCGGAUUGUGAAUACCCCCAUUAUAUAUGUACAUAAAUAUAUCAUUACUUUAGUUAAUAUAGAAUGACCCUAAUUGUUCCUCACCUUAGGAGCCCUCCCUUCUAUAGUAAAAAAUUUGUACAUAUAUAUUGAGUUCAAACUUCAAUAAACAAGUAUGUAUGUA